CAACUUCUUCAUCUUGAAACACCCCAGCACCAACUCCACCGUGUCCACUUUCCUGCUGCUUUUUCUGUUGGCGUUUCUGCUGGCUGCUACCUUGCUCGAAGACAGCUCAACUCCAUGGGGCCAAUUAGUCACGACCGUUUAUCUGUACACAGGAGCGACGCUGCAGUGGCAGCCAUCCGAGGACAUUGCAGCGCAUUUUUGGCUAUAAUUACUAUCGUCGUCGCAACUAAUGAGUAUCACAUGACUGACCGAGCCAUGAUCGGCAUGUCCGGCCGCAUAACCAACCCCACCACGUGGAACAUCUUCCUCAUGCUGCAGCCGCUCACGAUAUCUCCAUGGUGUUUAAUUGUUCCAUCUACAGCAUAUGGACUGUUCUCUCCUCGUCUUCCAGCCCGUCGUCCCGCUUUUCGCGUCACGCAGCCGUUGUGGAAAGGGGGAUUGGCACGAAUAUGGCUAUGUCCUGCUCCACUGCAGCGGGUUCACACCUUGGCUGGGCUUGCAUCUUCGAGCCCAAUGAUCCUGAUCAUUGAAUUUGGUGGGGUUCGUCAGAAAACAAAUUUCUUCCAAGGUUGCGUGCCAGGUGUGCUUCGCACUCAACCCAAUGCCCACGCCGCCCGUAAGCAGCUUCUGGGUCGUUUCGACAAGCUCCCGCACAUUUGUAAUAGGCCACCGCAGAUCUCAAGAGCUCUCUUCAGCUAUCUUUGGGUUGGCAAGAGCAAGUGCUCCACAUCGGCCCGUUACCUGUUCCCUGUCACUCGAACUACAAAGAAGGGGUUUUCACAUCGCCACCAUGGUUGGGUAAGGAGCUUUGCAAGCUCAACACGCAGCCCAGCUAUCUCCAUAUUAUCGUAUACCCACUGUCGCGCCGCUGUCGCGGUUCUCCACCGAGUCAUGGGUUCUCUUUGUACUUUGCUGCUUCCCUCCCGUGCAUAUGGGGAGUACUCUCUCUUCGAGGCUUCUUUCUUCUCCCCUUGGUCCUAUCCCAUUCUGACGUGGCCAUCUCGAUUGAUCGACACGAUCAAUUUAUCGCUCCCCGCAAACCCCGUCUGUCUCUCUUUCGACGCUUCAAGACGACAAACGAGUUCUGGAGAAAACCGAGCUGAUCCAACUCAACAUAUCAACUCCACUUGCCCGUCUCUCAUUUACAUAUCAAGCGGUGGACUGGAAUAGCCAGCUUACGCCGGUCUACCACGCUGGGAUAUUACCAACAAUAGGACCCUCGCUACUACACUGGGAUAUCGGACGCUCUCAUACUAUUACACGCUUGAUGCGCUGUUCACCUUGCUGAUUCGCUUGGUAAAGGGAAGAGGGAAGCACCUAAAAAAAAGGCCGAUAAGCAAGUUUGACCAAUAACAAAGUUUAUGGAAGCCACGAUACUAUGCUGAACUUC